AAGUAAUAAGUAGUGGUGCAUGUAGUAGUGUAGCUACUUUACCUGUAGGUCGAGUGUCAAUGUAUAUACCUACGGAGUGUCCCUUUAAUGGAUUUCCAGUUUAUAAUGUACUUUGAUGUAGGAUUUGCUGUGAAACACGAAAAGCUUUUUUUUUUUUAAAAAGAGUUGCAUCCUACUUUUAGGAAUUUUCAGCAUUUAAAAAACAACUUCCCAGGUUUUACAUUUGUCCCACAGACGUUGAACGCAGCAUUAGUCAUGAGAGUCAUGUGACGUCCUGUCAUGUGGUGCCGUCACUUCCUACUGAUUUGGUCCAGAGCGGAUAGACUCUGCUGUAUCAUGUCGUCUUAGUUAGGCUCCACAGACAGUAUCCACCAGAGUAAACAUGUUAUUUCGGUAUAAAUCUAAUCGUUGUGCGCCUCUGAAGCUGGCUCUUUGGUUAGUGGCCUGUCUGGGAUGUUUGUUGGGCCGGUCCGGAGCGGAGGAGGACAGCAGCCUGUCGUACCAGGACCUCUGCAGCUAUAAAUGGGAGGCUAUAGACCAGGACAAUAAAGUGAGCUACACGCUAAAGCUCUGUGAGUCUUCACCAGAAACCCCCUGUGGCUCCAGCACCGCUGUCUGCGCUCAGGACCUCGCCACCAGCACAACCCAGUCUGUCGGUGAGCUGUCCCUGCAGAGGCUCUCUGGCACGGUGCUGGAUUACAACAGCACAGUAAAAUGUCCAGGAAGCAACAACAACAUUCAGACGAGCAUCAGCUUCCAGUGUGGGAAGACCAUGGGGACCCCAGAGUUUGUUGCUGUGUCUCAGUGUGUGCAUUACUUUGAGUGGACGACCUACACAGCCUGCAAGAAAAAUAAAUUCAAGCCACAGAAAGAGGUGCCCUGCUAUGUGUUUGACUCGGACGGUAAGAAGCACGACCUCAACCCUCUGAUCAAAGUGAGCGAUGGCUAUCUGGUGGACGACGGUGACGACAGCAUUGACUUCUACAUCAACAUCUGCCGAACUCUCAACCGUCCAGAUAAAUCCUGUCCAGAGGGCGCUGCAGCCUGUGUGGUCACCAGUAAUGACUCCUACAACAUGGGCUCUCCUACCAAACAGCUAGAGCUGGUGUCCAACGACAGACUGAGGUUACAUUAUGAAUUCAGUGCCAGUUCGUCUCCUCCAGACAUCUGCAAAGGACACAAUCCUGCCGUCACCAUCACUUUCAUCUGUCCAUCAAGCAGACAUUCAGGCAGCACUCCUAAGUUGACAGCUGAGUCGAACUGUCGCUACGAGGUGGACUGGGUGACUGAAUACGCAUGUCACAGAGACUAUCUGGAGAGCCAUACCUGCAAACUGACCAGCGAACAGCAUGACUUGUCCAUAGACCUAACACCUCUCACCGUGAGCUCUACAGAGCAUCCAUACUAUGCACAUUCUGGGCCCAGUGACGGGGAUGAAAGCUACUUCUACUACCUGAACGUGUGUGGAGAGAUCCCCACUAAGGAAUGUGGCGAAGAGCGGUUUAUAUCGUCCUGCCAGGUGAAGGAGUCCGGAGACAUGAACAAGGUGGCUGGAAGAUAUCAGAACCAGACACUACGUUAUUCAGAUGGAGAUCUGACUCUGAUCUACCCAGAUGGCAACAGAUGCUCCACCGGCUUCCAGAGAAUGACCAUCAUCAACUUUGAGUGCAACAAGACUGCAUCUAACGGUGGGCGAGGGACUCCAGUUUUUGCGGGGGAGACAGACUGCACUUAUUACUUUGACUGGGAGACAGCCUUCGCCUGCGUCAAGGAGAAGGAGGAUCUACUGUGUCGAGUCAGAGAUGGCAACAAACACUAUGACCUUUCACCCCUCACAAGAUAUCCUGGGUCAGAUGACAGUGGGAACUGGGAGGCGGUGGAUGCUAGAUCUCCAAAGUCAGACAGGCGUUUCUACCUGAAUGUCUGUCACAAAGUCACCCAGACAGGAGGUGCUGCUGGCUGCCCGGUGAAUGCCUCCAUCUGUGCCGUGGAUAAGGAUCAUGGAGCCAUCAGUCUGGGCAGCUUCCUCUCAUCUCCUCAAAAGACUGAAAUAGGAAAUGACAUCAGACUGGUGUAUACUGAUGGACAUUUCUGCAAUAAAAAGACAAGGAUCCAAACUAUCCUGACCCUCAAGUGCAAACCAGGAUAUCUGGAGAGUGCUCCUGUCCUUCGUAGCGUUUCGUCUGACGGAUGUGUGUACGAGUUGGAGUGGUACACUGCUGCCGCCUGCGUCCUCUCGAAGACGCAGGGAGAACAUUGCAAGGUCGAGGACCCUCAAGCUGAGCUCUCUUUCGACUUGUCGCCUCUCUCCAAAGCCAACGGUAGCUUUUACAACCUCACCAGUGACAAAUAUGACUACUACAUCAAUGUCUGUGGUCCUGUCAAAGUUGCCAACUGUCCCGAAAAGGCCGGAGCAUGCCAGGUCGAAAAGAGUUCUUGGAGUCUAGGGGAAGCAAACUCCCAUCUGUCGUACUAUGACGGCCUGAUCCAGCUGACCUACAGUAACGGCUCCCAGUACAACGACAGAGGACACACUCUCAGAUCGACACUCAUCUCUUUCCUCUGUGACCCAGAAGCCGGAGCUGGAAAACCCGAAUUCCAGGUUGAGGACGAGCGCACUUAUAACUUCCGCUGGUAUACAUCCUACGCAUGUCCGGAAAGGCCUCAUGAGUGUUUGGUGACAGACCCCAAGACUCUUGACCAGUACGACUUAUCCAGCUUGUCACGCUCCCCCUCCGGUAGCAACUGGCAGGCCAUGGAUUUGUCUGACACCCAGAACCUGAAGAAGUACUACAUCAACAUCUGUCGGCCUAUCAACGCUGUACCAGGCUGUGACCGCUAUGCGUCUGUCUGCCAGAUGAAGUACAUAUUCGAGCAGGGCUCUCCGAAGGAGGUUGUAUCAGUCAGUAACAUGGGUGUUUCCAAGCGAGGGCCGAUCAUCGAGGGGCGGGACCGGCUGCUGCUGGAGUUCACAGACGGCUCUGUCUGCAUGUCAGACGGCCAGAAGCUAACAUACACAACACGCAUCCACCUGGUCUGCUCCAGAGGAGCUUUGUCAACGAGCCCACGGUUCCUGAUGUACCAGAACUGUACUGCCAACUUUAUGUGGGAGACCAGCGCAGCCUGUGCCAUCACCACCACCAAGAACAAUAGCUGCGCUGUGGUGGAUCCCAACACUGGCUUUGAGUUCAACCUUCAGCUUUUGGCUUCUAAGACUGGAUACCAUGCAAAUGCGAAUGGCAAGGACUUCCUGGUGAAUAUCUGCUCAGAUGUGGAAGAAUGCGGCAAGGGCAUGGCUGGCUGUGAGCUGGAAGACGGGCAUCCCUCCAGCCCAGUGGGGGUGGAGAAGACCCUCCAGUACUCCACCGAUGGCCUGCUCAAACUAACAUAUAAGGGACCCCUGGACAAUCCCACAGCAACUCGGGACACCUUCACCAUUAAUUUCGUGUGUGAUCCAAACUCUCCCCUUGGCUCAUUAAAACUGCUGCGAGAGGACUUGAGUUCUUUACCCGACCAUGUGGUCCACGACGUCCUCUUUGAGUUCUCCACUGCUCUGGUCUGCAUCCCUGCUCCAGUUAACUGCCAGAUCAGUGAUUCCCAUGGUAAUGAGUAUGACCUGAGUCACCUGAUCCGGGAUGCAGAUGACAGCCCCUGGAUUGCCAUAGAUACAGAUGUGGUCAAAUCGCGCAGAUUUUACAUCAAUGUCUGCAAACCCCUCCCCCCUCUGAAAGACUGCCCAGUGGGUCCUUUGGGUUCUUGUGGCCUGAUUGAUGGAAAGAGUUACAACCUGGGAUACGUCCAGUCCAGCCCGCAGGUGGCAGAGGACGGCUCCAUCAGCAUCGUGUACCAGAAUGGAGAGCAGUGUGAUCACACAUCCCACUACUCAACACGCAUCAUCCUCCAGUGUGAUGACAACCCAGGCUCCCCGAUGUUUGACCGUGAAGAUGGUUGUGAAUAUGUCUUCAUCUGGAGGACAUCUGAGGCCUGCCCUAUCAGGAAGUCUCAAGGUGAUAACUGUCGGGUUCGUGACCCCAGGAGUGGCUACGAGUUCAACCUGAGCUCUCUGAAGGGUAAAGAUUACCCCGUUAGGAGUGAUAAGUACAUCUACCACCUGUCGAUCUGCGGGGGGCUCCAGAGAGGCAUCUGCACCCACAAAGACACAGGCAUUGAAACGGUCUCUUCCUGCCAGGUGGAUGGAAACAACCACAAGAUCGCAGGACUGGCAAACCAGGUUCUGAGUUAUGUGGGGGACCAGCUCAUCCUGAACUACACUAAUGGAGAGACCUGUCAUAGGAUAUACAAAAGAUCCACCGAGAUCUACUUCUCCUGCCACCCUGACAGGCAUCCUGGGGCACCAGAGUUUAUUAAGGAGACUCCAGACUGCACCUACCUGUUCAGCUGGCCCACUGCUCUGGCCUGCGUCUCAGUAAAAACCACCAGCUGCUCCUACAAUGAUGGUCAGGGCCACUCGUACGACCUCUCCCCUCUGGCAAUGGACUCGCGGAACUGGGAGGUGGAACCAUCUACCGAGGACACGAAGAAACAAUUUUACAUCAAUGUCUGCAGGUCGCUGGUGCAGCAGGGAGGUUCAUGGAAGUGUCCCUCCAGUUCAGCGUCCUGUAUGAAGGUCGGAGACGAUGAAUAUGUGAGUCUUGGGCAGGUGGAGUCUGGUCCUACGUGGGAUAAAAGUGUCCUGAAGCUGCAGUACAUCAGCGGCCAGGCCUGUCCUGAUGGAAUCCGCAACAGGAGCAGCAUCAUCCGCUUCAAGUGUGACAAAGACAAAGUGGACUCCCGGCCUACUCUGAUCUCUGUCAUUGAGGACUGUGUGUACACCUUCCUUUGGUUGACAGCUGCUGCCUGCCCAUUAAACAGCACCCAACAUGACAACUGCAGGGUCACCAACCCCGCCACAGGUCAUUUGUUUGAUCUCAACACCUUGACAAAGGAAGGAGGUUACACUGUGUACGAUCAUCAGGAACACACGAAGAUGUUCCGCAUGAACAUCUGUGGAAACGUGACCAACGCUGGAUGCAGCCCUGAAACCGCUGUGUGUAUUAAGGAUGCCAAUACUGCGGUGAGCGGUGGUCAGGUGAGCAGGAAACUCUCAUACAAGGAUCACAUCCUGGAGCUGACGUAUGAAGGAGGAAGUCCCUGCCCAGCAAACCGCACCCUCAAACACAACACCAUCAUCAACUUCAUCUGCAGGCCACCUAACAUGGGUUCAGCCCCUCCAGAGCCAGUUCUCAUUGACUCAAACACCGAGACUUGCACACAUUUCUUCUCUUUCCACACACCCCUGGUCUGCGAACAGCCAGUAAGGUGUUCAGUCCAGAACGGUUCUGCUCUUAUAGACCUGACUCCUCUGGUUCAUGUCAGUGGAUACUACACAGCAACAGAUGAAGCAGUGGACCAAACUGAUGGAUCUCCAGACUUCUACAUCAACAUCUGUCAGCCUCUAAACCCCAUCCCCGGGGUCACGUGCCCCCCUGGAGCUGCCGUCUGUAUAGAUCCUGAUAAUGGGCCGCCUGUGGACAUUGGGCGGACUACCAGCGGCCCUGAGAUCAAUAAUGCUACAGGGGAAGUGUCAAUCACUUACCACAGCUCCACCAAGUGCACGGCUGAUCCUGCGCAGAACUACACUUCGACCAUCAUCUUCACCUGCCAGAGAGGCCUGGAGCUGGGCUCUCCACAAAUGCUGAGGCUGCAGAAGUGUGUCUAUUUGUUUGAGUGGGCGACCCCUAUAGUCUGUUCAGAUGCCACCCACACCAGCGGCUGCAAUCUCACAGACUCCCAGCUCCAGUUCACCUUUGACCUGUCGACCCUCUCUGGUGAAGUCCAGGUACCAGCGGGCUCCAGCAUCUACCACAUCAACGUCUGCGGGUCAGUGGCAGAGCCGGCCUGUAAGAAGAGCACAGUUUGCCGGGUGUCUGGUUCUGGUUCAGACAAGUCAGCUUCAUCAUUUGGCAUCAGCAAGGCCAUGAAAAUGGACUACAAACAUGAUGAGCAGGCUGUAUUGAUGCAGUAUGGUGGGGGAGAUCCAUGCCCACCAGUGACAAAUGAGGGCGAGGUGUGUGUGUUCCCCUUCACUUUCAUGAAGAAGUCGUAUACAGAGUGCACCAAAGAUGAAAGGACAGAUGGCAGGAAGUGGUGUUCCACCACUGCCAACUUUGACACGGACAGGAAGUGGGGAUUCUGCAGUGCAGCCUCUGGUAAGCGUCAAUCCUCCAUAUUGUUCACCUGUGACCAGUCUGCAGGCCACGGCUCUCCACAGCUGCUGUCAGAGACGGCAGGUUGUUCAGUCACUUUUCAGUGGAAGACCAGUGCCGUUUGUCCCCCAAGGAAGAUGGAGUGUAAGCUGGUCAGCAAGCACCAGACCUUCGAUCUCCGAACCCUGUCCUCCCUCACUGAGCCAUGGAAGUUUAGCCACCAAGGAGAUUCGUAUUUCAUUAACCUGUGUCAGGGUAUCCACGGUGGAUUACCAGGUUGUCCAGAAGGAGCAACUGUGUGCCGACACUCAGCAGCAGGAAAGACCGAGACCCUGGGCCGAGUUUACACUCAGAAAAUGAGCUACACUGAUGGAAAGAUCUCAGUCAGUUACUCAGCAGGAGACGAUGUGUGUGGUAACGGCGUGAAGGCCAAGACUGUGGUCCAGCUGAGCUGUGGCUCCACUGUUGGACACCCAGCACUCAUCAGUAUCGAUGAAGCAUCAUGUGAGUUUGUUAUUGGCUGGGAGACUCGGUGGGCGUGUGCGGUGAAGCAGCAUGAGGUGGAGAUGGUGAAUGGGACGAUACAGGUUCCUGACACUGGAGCCAGCCUCAGUCUGGGAGCACUCUAUUUCAGCCAUCAUCAGGCUUCUGGAGACAUCCGUCCCAACGGCGAUCGCUACAUCUACCACAUCCAGUUGUCCGGCAUCACCAACAACUCCCUGCCCAGCUGUGUUGGUGCCAACAUCUGCCAGGUCAAACUCAACGGGCCCUACAGACGCAAGAUUGGCUACUCCAGCAAGGCCAAGUACUACAUUAAAGGGGGAAACCUGGAUGUGAGGGUGUCGUCUGAGUCUGAGUGUGGGCGGGAGAAGACCAAAAUGGUGUCAUCCACCAUCAUGUUCCACUGUAACCCCUCAGCAGGCCUCGGCAUUCCCGAGUUUAUGCUGGAGACGGAUGAAUGCCAGUAUCUGUUUGUGUGGCACACGAAUGCUGUGUGUAGUCUCACAACUGUUGCCGCACAGUCAUAUGACGACAGCAGCGAGGCUCCAGCUCUUUCUAGGCGGAGCCAGGCGCUGGGGGUGAUGCUGAGCCUCCUGUUGGUGGGUCUGUCUGUCUGUCUGCUGGGGCUUUUGCUCCACAAGAGAGAGAGGAGAGAGCUGGUGAUCCAGAAGGUUGCUGGCUGCUGCAGGAGAGGAAACCAAGUCUCAUAUAAAUAUUCCAAGGUUAACAUGGACGAAGAAGGGGGUGAAGAGGAGAUGGAGUGGCUGAUGGAGGAGCUCGAAGCCCCUCCCACUUCCUCUUCCUUAUCCUCCCACCGAGGCAGUAGUAACCAUGGCAACGGUCACAUCAAGACCAAGCCAGUGAACACAGACGGCCUGCGCACGUUCUCGCUGGAUGACCAGGAAGACGAAGACAGCGAGGACGAGGUGCUGAGCGUCCCGGGGGUGCGAGUGGUCAAAUCCUCUGGAGUUUCCAGGCACUCUGCGGCCCAUCGCAGUGCCUUCCUCCAGGAGGAGAGCGAUGAGGACCUGGUCGGCCUCCUGGACGAGUCAGAAAGGAAGAGGAAGAGCAGCAAACCUCGCUCCUCAGGCCCUAACCACGGUAACAACACUGCAGCCAAUAGGAAACGGGACGAGGAUGACAGUGACGAGGACCUCCUCAGAGUGUGAUGUCACUUCCUCCUUCCCUCUUCUCCCACCGCCCGCCCCCCCCUCCAAUCUGAACUCUUCUCUCUCAGUGAAUGUCUCCAUAAUAGCAACAACAACAACGAUGAAACACCAACAACAUAUUGAAAGUAGAAACCUUUCCUCUAUUUUGGGAUUUUUUUUUUUUUUUUUUUUGGGACUGCACCUUUACUCGGCCUACUCAGACUCUAUCCAGGCACUGUCUACAGACUGUCGAUGUUAGCACAUGGUUUCUUAUUUAUUGAUAGCUGAUUAUUUAAAGUGUUUUGCAGGACAUUUUUGACCUGCACCCUAUUUUGUCAUAAUUAUGAAAUGAAAUAAUUUGCUUCACUAUUGUUACUUCAGUCUUGUCACAUUUAUCUAAUAUAGACCUAACAGGCCAGUUGAAUCUCUAAAAAUCAACCCCAGAGGCACAAAAAGCAUCUCUCUCAGUAUGUUGACUCUGCAAUGAGGCAUGCCAGUGAAAAGAUGUAAAAUUAAAUUAUAUUAUAUUGUGUCUUUUUUUUUUCUUCCAGAGUUUUGAAAUGAAGCUGUGUCAUUGCUUUAGCACUUUAUUGUAGCAUUGAUUAACUGAAAAUAAUACAUGUCUCAUUGCAGACUGGGCGACAAUGGAAAGAAAAAACUUUGGCUGUCUUUUGGAGUUCAUUUUUAGUUUUGUUUCUAGUGACCAUUGGCCCAUUAAGGCCUGUAUUUGAUAUCUGUGGUACAGUUAAGUAGCUCGAUGGUGAAACAAUCUAGAAAAUUUCUGGAGAAAAACAAUGGCUAUCAAAGAAAAUAAAGGGGACUCUGGUUCAGUUCCUUGGACGUAGGCAGUGAAGGUGUCCGCUUGUGUUGUUUCAAAAGGGAAUGAAGACACCCACUUGUCUUUUCUUGCUGUUUACAGUUGCUAUAAGAGCAGAUAUUUUUUCUUUCUUUCCCCUCGAAAAGAAAGCACGAUGCCUUCCUGGUGAUGAAUUUACUUUACAUUUUCAUCGAUGAAUCGUGUCCGGCGACAGAUUGAUUUGUCUUGUUUUGAACAGAGACAUUGUACAUAGACGAUAAUGUUCUAUAAUAUGGACGUUUUUUGUUUGUUUGUUUGUUUGUUGUCUUCACCGGUGAAUUGCUCGCACAUUUGUUUUUAUGAUUAUUUAAAUGAUUGUCUGAGCUGAUGAUCUGUACGUAUCUCUGUUCUGUGCGAAAAUACUGAUGGCCUUAAGUGUGAAUGGACGGUCGGCGAGGACGGAAGGUUGAAAGUGAAACUUGAGAUGUUAGUUUAGGUUGUGUUGGUCCCCCUCCUGCCAAAGCCAUAUUUCUACAGCCACCACUGGCACUAAUGUAUGGAAGUUGGGAUUUUUUUCAGCUUGCACGCUCUCGUACAUUAAAGGCUCAGUUUAGGUAUUCAGGUCUGUGAUUGUAGAUGUUGCUGCAUCAAAAGUGAGAUUUUAACUCUGUAAAGCCAAGUUCUUGUAGUGCCGAAAUCAGCCCAUUUUAGCCAGAUGCAUGCAAGACAAAAGAAAGAAGUGAAGCAUAAAUGUAUCAAUAGUUGACUUACAUUUAACAUAUUUUCUGCUUAAUAAUGAAACUAGUGUUUUCACAAAGGAUAUCAGUAACGAUGGAUGUUUUGUGAUUUUUUUGGAAAAUGUUCACACUCUUUCUAAAAUGAAAUCAAACUGACUGCAGUGUUCCCACGAGAGUGAUAUGAGUAAGCCUACACAGUAUAAACACACAGAGUAUUUGGGUGCCAUCCCACUUUCCCUCUUUUCUUCGGUCCCAACCAAAGAAGUUGUUGUGAAGUUGGUGUCUUUUUGGUUUACACAAUUAGAACGUGGACUUGGUGAAUUCACAAACUCACAAAUAGCUCACAAAUAACUUUUACACCAAUGUAGUUUUGGUAACAUUUCAUUCUCGCGGUUCUGGCAGUGAGCAGAGUCAAACUUGAAUCAAACAAUGGACUUGUCUGAGCUCUGCGGUAAUUUAUCUCCUCUGGUGUGCAAACCAGCUAAGAACAUAUUUAGUGCUUUCUAAGGCUGCAACUAAUAAUUAUUUUCAUUAUCGAUUCAUCUGUCAAUUAUUUUUUCAAUUAAUCGUCUAGACUAUAAAAUGUCAGAAAAUAGUGAAAGUGUCACAAGUUCAAGGUGACGUCUUCAAACGACGGUGACGGCUUUAUAAAUAACUUCAAUUGAUUUAUCAAAAAAGUGGGCAAUUUAUUUUCUUUAGAUCAACUAACUGAUUAACUGACUAAUAGUUUAAGCCCUAGUGUUUUCAUUAUUUGAUAAAUCUACUUUUGUCCAAUUGAGAUGAAAGCUUUUUCUGAAGCUUUUAACUGCUUUUCACAGCAGAUUUGCUCAGUUGUCAAUUUGCUUGUUGAUAACUGAGCAAUAUUCAUCCCUUGAUGAAAACUGUGAGAUGCAGUUUAAAGCUCUGGAAAAUGGUAGUAAGUUGGCCUUGAGUUUUCUUAGUUAAACUACUCUGUCCAAGUUUGAGGAACUGCUAGCUAGCAGGUAUCAGUCAAGAUGAAACAAUAAGUCAAUCGACAGAAUAUUAAUAGGCAAAAGCUUUCCAGAGCUAAUCAUUUAAGUCUUUAGUUUCAGCUUCUCAAAUACGAAGAUUUUCUCUGUUUCAUUGUUAAUCAAACAUGUUUGGGUUUCAGACAGUUGGUUGGUCAAAGCAAGCUGUUUGAAAACAUCUUGCGCUCUGGGAAAUUGUGGCAUUUUUCACUAUUUUUUGACGUUUUCUGGACUAAUGAUUAAUUAAAGAAGUGAUCAAUAGAUGAAUUGAUAAUGAAAAUAAUAUUAAUUAGUUGCAGACCUAGGUAUCAUCCGUCCCGUUUUAUCAGUAAAUACUUGUAUAUUCUGGAAGAACUGCACUUCUUCUGAGGAAUGGGACAUUUUGAGGUUUCUCAUUACAGGUGUUAUUCUCACCUGGCCAAACAAACGGAUGUUCAACAGAUUUAUUAAGCCACUCCAAAUUUACUUUCUGUGAAUAUACCACCUUGGGAGAGCACCUGUUGAGUUACUGACAGACUUUGUAUUGAUUUGCAAUCACAUAUGUAGUUCACUUACAGACUAUGAAUAUGUAUUACAUAUAGAUUGAUUACAUUGUCUAUGGUACGAAGGGGAAUGAUGGUAGAUUCAUCGUUGGGUUUUCUCAGUAUUCAAUCCACAGAAACUAAAGUUAUUAAUAAAACAUGAUGAUGUCGUUGUUAAAAUCUCUUAUCAAUCAAUAAAGAAGGUUCACCCUUCACGUUAUUUCUAAAGCUUUGUACACAAGUUUUUCUAAGAUGCCACUUUGUCCAAAACAGACAAAAAAUGACAAAAGGAUAAAAAAAAAAAUCUUGAACUGGCAUUUGCCUUGGAAACAUCACUAUUUUAUAUGGAUGAGUUUGGGAUGAGCCAUAAUAGUGAAAUGUAACACAAACAAAUAGAAAACAUCAUCAUGUUCUUGUCCCUUUGCUCUGGGUAUUCAGUAACUUGUUUUUUUGUGUUAUUGUCUCUGAGAUCACAAACUGAAAUGGAACUUUUCAGAAGCAAUUUUAGACAUUUUUGAGUAAAAUUGUCAGACUCCAGAAAGAAGAAUUAUGUAACUUAUCAUGUAAUCCAUUACUUUUUGAAGGUCUUUGUAGAAUAUCCAUAUCAUUUAACUACUGAUCUGAAAUUAUGAAGUGAAAUCUACCUUUGAGAGCAUGAAGAACAAGGUGAUAGUGCACAGUACACGGGGCACGUUUUCAAAGAACAAUUAAAUUAGUGCAAUCACAAAUGGAUCCGAAUGAAAUGUCAAGCAUCCAUAUUUAUUAUUAAAAUAUCAUAAAGUCCAGCAAAAGUUAAAAUGAAAUCAAGCCUGUUUUGGCAGAGAUGACAGGCUAUAAUAAAACUUAAUUUUAAACAUUCUCAUUCAUUCAGCUCGUGGACCUCAGCUGUUGUUCUGAAAGGUUUUUACUUCAAAUUCCUAGAAGGAGGUUUGAACUGGGAUAAAAGCAUUAACCUGUGUUUGGCACUUUGUAAUCAACUCAUCUCUCCUGAGGAGACGUAGCAGCACUCCUCAUUACAGAGAAGCAGAUGGUAUCGUUUAGUAUGUGAUGUCCUUUUCCAUCGUUGCAUAAAGUCUGUUUCUGCUGUAUUUAGCACCAAAGUUUGUGUGGCUCAUCUGCAUGGUACUGUACUGAACCUUCUCUUUCCUAUGAAGAUAUGAAUGGACAUUCUUGUGCUUUUUUGUCUACUCGAGCAGAGAACUGUUUUGGGUUAUUAGAAACUAAUUCAGUUAAAUUAAGAAGCAGACAAACAAGCUCGGAGAAUAUAGUGACUGAAAAAGCACAAGAAAUUUUCUGUGAUGGUUCAGUACUAUGGGAGAUCAUUAUUCUGUUUUAGUUGGUGUAAGUUAUGUUGUCUGAUAUGUUUUUUUGGCUCUUUGCCUGUUUUCCUAUUUAAAAAAACAUUGAUGUAAAAAAUAUUGCAUUAUUUGAAUAAAUAAGAUCUGCUGUUUA